AUGGGGACAAGUGUCUCCAGCGUGGCUGCCUAUGCCGGGCAGGCACUGCAGGGUGCCAUGGGGAUGGGUGGCCCUGGUGGGGCACGGGGACAGGAUUGGCGCUCCCGGUGCUGCCCGCGCCGGCUUCGUCAUCUUCGGAAUAUUGCAGCACGUAACAUUAUCAAUAAGAAUGGUUAUCGCCUCUUGGAUACGUACUUCACUCUUCACUUGUGUGAUAAUGCCAAGAUAUACAAAGAAUUUUAUAAGAGUGAGGUGAUCAAGAAUUCUCUGAAUCCGACAUGGAGGAGUCUGGACUUUGGAAUAAUGCCUGAUCGUCUUGAUACCUCUGUCUCGUGUUUUGUUGUGAGGAUCUGGGGUGGAAAGAAGGAGCACUUUCAGCUCUUGAUUGAAUGGAAAGUCAAUCUAGAUGGGUUGAAGUACUUGGGCCAGCAGAUACAUGCAAGAAACCCAAAUGAGAUUAUUUUUGGUCUCAAUGAUGGUUAUUACGGAGCUUCAUUUGAACAGAAGGAUCACUCAGGUACCCUGAAGAAUAGUCUUCUCCAGGUGGAUCAGAACUGUGUUCGUAACUCUUAUGAUGUCUUCUCUUUGCUUAGGCUUCACAGAGCCCAGUGUGCAAUUAAACAGACUCAGGUAACCGUUCAGAAAAUAGGAAGGGAGAUUGAAGAAAAGCUGAGAUGUACAUCUACAAGCAAUGAACUGAAAAAGGAGAGUGAAUGUUUACAGCUGAAGAUCCUGGUGCUACGUAAUGAACUGGAGAGGCAGAAGAAGGCCCUUGGUCAAGAAGUAGCCUUGUUGCAUAAGGAGAAAAAUACUUUGCAUGACAGAGAAAAUGCAUUUGAGACUGAAUACCAGAAACUUCAAGAGCAUAAUGAAUCCCUGCACGAAUUAAGAAAGGAAUGCACUGCUAAGAGAGAACUGUUCUUGAAGACUAAUGCCCAGCAGACUAUUCGAUGCAAGCAAUUGCUAUCGGAGCUAUCCUAUAUCUACCCUAUUGAUCUGAACGAUCAAAAGGAUUACUUUGUUUGUGGAGUCAAGCUUCCUAAUUCUGAAGACUUUCAAGCAAAAGAUGACGGAAGCAUUGCUGUUGCCCUGGGCUACACCGCUCACUUGGUUUCGAUGAUAUCCUACUUCUUACAAGUGCCACUCAGGUAUCCUAUAAUUCACAAGGGCUCCCGGUCUACAAUCAAAGAUAAUAUCAAUGACAAACUGACGGAGAAAGAGCGAGAAUUUCCUUUAUAUCCAAAAGGAGGGGAGAAGCUGCAGUUUGAAUAUGGAGUAUAUCUUCUCAACAAAAAUAUUGCACAGCUUAGAUAUCAACAUGGGCUGAGUACUCCAGAUCUAAGGCAAACUCUUCCUAACCUGAAGAACUUCAUGGAGCUUGGGCUAAUGGUUAUGGCUUUUGUGAACUCCCUUCUUCUGCCGGGACCUCUGGGGCAGCCCAUGGUCCCCUUGAAGGUCUGUGGAGCCCAGUGCCUCUUGCAUCAAGGUUUAAUUGCGUUGCUGCUGGAUCCCUCUACCUGUGAUCGACACCAUACAUCCAGUGCAAUUCCCGUUCCAAAGAGACAGAGCUCUAGCUUCGGCAGAUUGGAUAUUGGCUUUUCCAGUGGGCUUCCUUCUCCGGAUAAAGGACUCCGCAAACGAGCCAGCACGGGAAACGAAAGACUACAGUACAAAACUCCUCCUCCUAGUUACAACUCUGCUUUAACGCAGCCUGUCGCCAUCGCAGCCCGUGUAGGAGAGCCGGAUAAAAAACACACAUCGAUAUCUUCUUCCUUGGAUACCUCUAUGGACUCCUCGAAAGGAAAUACUAAGAAAGGCGAGAACUUGUGCAGCAGUUUAAACGGAGAAAACGGGAGCCUAAACAAUACCCAAGACCGGCAGGAGUCUUUCCUAGGACAUACUAGUGCAAUAAACGGGGCGUUUCUGCCUGGCGAGUGCUCCGGCGCUGCAAGCAACGAGCAGCCCUGCGAGUUUCGACCCUCACUCGGCCCCGUCCUCUGCUGCACUGUGGAGCAAGCGGAGGAGAUCAUGGGCAUGGAAGCGACGGGGUUCGGCACGGGAGAUCAGCUCGAAGACUUUAACUCCAUCCCGGUGGAGCACGCCGUGGCGGUGGAGUGUGACGAACAAGUCUUAGGGGAGUUUGAGGAGUUCUCUAGAAGGAUCUAUGCACUGAACGAAAACAUGUCCAGCUUCCGCAGACCGCGUAAAAGUUCGGACAAGUGAGCUUGGACAGGGAUUUGAUAGCAGACAUUGAGGUGAAAUCAGUGAUCUGGAAUAGAGAUAAAAUUGCACUUAUUCUUUAUAUUAAUUAUAAAAAAAAAAUAAAUAAAAAAGCUAAAGCUAUUCCUUUGGUGUUAGACAAACGGACUUAAGCACGGUAACACAGGAUCAUGGUAUAUUCACAGCCCAGGUAAAUCUUGAUUCUGCUUCCAGUCCUCUUAUGUCCGGUAUUUAUAAUCUGUUGGAAUAUUAUUUUUUUUUUUGUAGGUGUUGGAAUCCAUUUAUUAAAGGCUUUCCUGGAAA